AUGCGUGUUUUUCUGUUGCUAACAACAAUUAUUCAUACUUUUACGACGCUUCCUUUGUUUUUCCUUCAAUUCACUUCCACCUACCUAUAUAUACAACUCUCUUAUCCCUCUGUGCAUUUCAUAUUCUAAUAUACCAAUAUAUAUAUACAUACAUACAUCAAAAUUCUUCUCCAUCAGAUACUACUAACUUAUUUAUUUAUUUAUUCGUUAAUUAAGAAUGAGGUUGCUAUGGGAAAAUGGAAGAAGAGGGUGUUGGUUAUUUGCGGUUGUAGCGCUCUACAUGCAGACAGUUUGUAGAGUAGUAGUUGCUGAAGAUCCAUACAGAUACUUCGACUGGAGAAUCAGUUAUGGCGAUAUAUAUCCUCUUGGCGUCCGCCAACAGGGAAUUCUGAUAAAUGGAAAAUUUCCGGGUCCGGAUAUAAUCAGCGUUACGAAUGACAACCUUAUCAUUAACGUCCAUAAUGACUUGCCUGAGCCAUUUCUUCUUACCUGGAAUGGGCUCCAACAAAGGAAAAAUUCGUUUGAAGACGGUGUAUAUGGAACAACAUGUCCCAUCCCUCCAGGGAAAAAUUUCACAUACAUAAUGCAAGUGAAAGAUCAAAUAGGAAGUUUCUUCUAUUUUCCAUCUCUCAAAUUCCAUAAAGCCGCUGGUGGAUUUGGAGGAAUUAGGAUUCUCAGUAGGCCAAGAAUUCCAGUCCCUUUCCCUGAACCUGCUGGAGAUUUCACCAUUCUUAUUGGAGAUUGGUACAAAACUAAUCACAAGGCAUUACAAACAAUUUUAGACCGUGGAAAGAUGCUUAAAUUCCCUGAUGGCAUUCAGAUCAAUGGCCUUGGUCGUGACGGUGCAAAAUUCACGGUUGAAUCAGGGAAAACAUAUAGGUUAAGAAUAUCCAAUGUGGGACUUCAGAAUUCAUUGAACUUUAGAAUUCAGGGACACAAAAUGAAGUUGGUUGAAGUUGAAGGAACUCAUACAAUACAAACUACAUUGUCUUCUCUUGAUGUACAUGUUGGUCAGUCCUACUCAGUGUUGGUCACUGCAGAUCAGCCUGCUCAAGACUAUUACAUUGCUAUUUCCAGCCGCUUCACUACUCAAAUUCUCAAUUCCACAGCCAUUCUUCACUACAGCAACUCGAGAAAACCGGUUUCAGGACCACCUCCUCCAGGGCCAACCACUGGCAUUUCUUGGUCCUUAAAUCAGGCUCGUUCUAUCCGGACAAAUCUUACAGCCAGUGGGCCAAGACCAAACCCCCAAGGCUCCUACCAUUAUGGCCAAAUCAAUGUCACUAGAACAAUAAGACUAGCAAAUUCUGCUGGCUUAGUUGAUAGAAAACAAAGAUAUGCAGUUAAUGGCGUGUCCUUCAUUCCUGCUGAUACGCCGCUUAAGCUAGCAGACUAUUACAAUAUCACAGGAGUAUUCGAAGUUGGAAGCAUCGCUGAUCAGCCUACAGGUCGACACAUACACCUUGACACGGCAGUUAUGGGAGCAGACUACAGAGCAUUUGUGGAGAUUGUUUUUGAGAACAGAGAGAACAUUAUGCAAAGCUGGCAUCUUGAUGGUUACUCUUUCUUUGUCGUCGGAAUGGAUAAAGGUAGAUGGAGUCCUGAGAGUAAAAAACAAUAUAACCUUAUCGACGCAGUUUCACGUUGUACCACACAGGUUUAUCCAAGAUCAUGGACAGCAAUAUAUAUACCCCUGGAUAAUGUAGGAAUGUGGAACCUGAGGACUCAAUUCUGGGCAAGGCAAUACCUCGGGCAACAAUUUUAUCUGCGAGUAUAUACACCAGUUCAAUCAUAUCGCGACGAAUAUCCUAUUCCAAAGAAUGCUUUGCACUGUGGCAAGGCCAGGGGUAGAGCCAUAAGAACAUAAUAGUUCUAUCAAGACACCAGGAAGCUGAAGAGGAAGAAGACUGACUUCUCGUCAUCUUUUUCUUGCUGCUAAUCAUUUCCAAUUGUUUUACUAAUUCAACCCCAUUCUUUAUUGCUUAUUAGGGAUGUAUUUUGGUUUAGUAUUCAUAUUCCAGUCACUAAUUAUGUACUAUAACAGAUGGUUUAAAGUUACCAAUUACAAUUAACACACUCAGAGAAUUUAUACAUGUCGUUUUCCCCGUUAA